AUGAAUUCUAUGCCAAAACCAGAAAGACAUGCUGAGUCACUGCUUGACAUUUGUCAUGAUAUAAAUUCUUCUUCUAAUGAUAUGAUGAUAGUUACUAAAAACCAAAGUAUAAUCUUGCAAAGCAUCAGCAGCAGUGAGGACUUCGACCAAGAUGACGACUCCAGUCAUUCCAUACUGACUAGUGAAGGAGAUUCAAGUGGUGAUGGACAAGACUGGCAACCCAGUACAGAAGGUGUUGAGAUUAUUGUUACUUUUCCAAAAGAUGCCCCUGACACCCAAGAAAUAAGCCAAGAAGAUUUAAAGGAAAACAAUCAGACAAUGUCAGUACAUCAAGAGUGGGCACAAGCACACUCUGUUUCUGCUCCAAAUGAUAUUGAGAUGGUGGACUUCAGGACAAAGACGUUGACCACAGGCUCUUUACUUCAGAAGAGAGAGGAAAGUUCCAAGGAACUCUGUGAUAUGAACUUGGGCUUUUUGCUGCCAAGACCUUGCUUAGAACCAAACAUCUCCAAAUCUGUUGCCAGAGAAGGUGUUCCUCAUUUUCUGAAAGAGCAGCAAAGAAAAUCUGAAGAAUUUUCUACCAAUGCUUUGAAGUAUAAUAGCCAAAGAAUUGAGUGUCCUCUGCCACAGUUGUCACUCUUGCCCAUGAGAUCUGGUCUCCUUACUAUCCCUCAGAAUCACAAGGAUCAAAAAGAGAGAGAAAGAACUAUUCCAAGCCUCAUAUCCUUCAUACCUAAACUCUCAGAGCCUAUGAGUCGAUCUAAUGAAUUCAGAACAUCAAACAAACAGCAGGAAAACCCCUUGAAAGUGUUUGUGGGUCAAACUCUCCGGUCCUCUGAUAGCUUCAUUUGGUCCAGAAACUUGUGCUCUUUUUGGAAGGCUAACCAUCACAAACAACACCUGCAGAUGGAGGAUAAUUGGAAAUCCACAGAAACUGAAAGAUAUGAGAAAAUUGAAAUGUCUCACUCUGACAAAGGACAGUCUCUGUUGUCCUUUGAGAACUUUCAGGAAGGUGCUUUUCCUACAGACAGGGAAAUGGGUAUUGACUGUAAUGAUAGUGAAGUGAAAACAGCAGAAGAGAACUCUCCUUGUCACUUACUGGAGAAAAAAGAGGAUUACAACAACCAUAAACAAGAUUCAGAUGUUUUAUAUACUGAGCCAAUCAAAUUCCAAGAAGUUCAGCAUUUAGAAGUAACUCCAGGCCAGGAGGAAGAGACUGAAAAUGAUAAUGCUUAUUCAAAAGACACUUCAGCAAAUAAAGGUGAAACAGUUGAGUGUACUGCACUUAAAAGUUUAUCCAGUGUAACCCCUGGUAGUCCCAUUGAGAAACUCACAGGAGGUCAUAGUGGAAUGGAGACAAACAUAAAAAUAUCAGUAGCAAAAGCAGCCAAACCAGUGAAUGGGUUGGUACCUCUUACCCACAUCACUUUCCCUGUACAUGGGACUCCUAAGGAACCAGCUAUAGUCAAACCAAGCCUCCAAAAAAGAAAGGGUUCCCUUCAUAACAACAAUAGCUGUAACAUACUUGCACCUCAAGAAAACGAUAGGCAUAAAAUGAAACCCCAUAGAAAUAAGGUAGAUUCAAAGAACAAGACCAGUAACAGGACACCUCAAAAUUUCAUGAUUUCUGCUGAAGUUUCCAUUAAGCCUACCAUGCAUAAAACUAGCAUAAAAACUCAAGUUUUCCCAGCUUUAGGACUUGACACCAGGCCUCAGCAGUCACCCAAGUUUCAAAGGAGAACACCACAGAUAGAAAAGAAGCAAUCAACUUACCGGGCUCUAAAACCUAAAAAGCAAUCAUUUCCUUGCAUCUGCAAAAAUCCAGGAAUAAAAAAAUCUUCUGUUCCUCUUUCUGUUCAACCUACAGAACCAAGACUAAAUUACCGAGAUCUUAAAUACAGUGAUAUGUUCAAAGAAAUUAAUUCAACUGCCAAUGGACCUGGAAUCUAUGAAAUGUUUGGGACUCCUGUCUAUUGUCAUGUGCGAGAGGCUGAGCGGCAUGAAAAUAAAUAUUAUCGAGAGAGAUGCUUGGCUCCACCUGGCAGGUGUAGCACCAAUAAAUGUCGAUCUUCACACAGUGAGAGAAACAGCAACAGCAGAACAAGGCUUUCUCAGAAAAGACCACAUAUUAAACCCCCAAAGACUUCCCUUGGCAUUAAAAAAAAGCACAAAAGUUUAAUUUCUGAAGAGAAGGACUGCAAUAGUAUAGGUAGCAACCUACAAGAUAUUGAAAAUGGUGAUGGUAUAUCAGAACCAAAGUGGCAGAUGAAAUCUUCAGAAAAUGACUUUCUGUCUUCCCAGGGUGAAGUUCAGCCCAUGAAUUUGACUCAGACUUAUGAGCAGUCCAGUGAACAGAAUGAAUUCAUUCCUGAUUUGUCAGUUGUUGAAGAAGUCUCUAUGGAAGAGUCCCUUGAUGAAGGAGACAUUUCUAACAAUCAAAUACUUACUGCAAGUCUUAGAGAGCUGCAUGAACUUGAAGAGCUACAUCACCAGACCCCGUUUGUUUUUUCUGAAAACAGCUGGGCAGUGCCCAGUGAGAAGAGUUCCAAUAAUCAUGUACUGCUAGAAAAGCAGAAUACAGCAUCUCUUGGUAAAAUAAAUGCCAACCAAAUAUUAACUACUGAUCUAGAGUUUGAUAGUAUUUCAGAUAAGUCUAAAAUUCCUUUGAGUUCCUCUUUCCAAGAAAAACAAGAAAGUGCAUUUUCCCAAACAUAUCAACACUGGGCACAUUCUUGGGAUCAUGGUAGUUUAGCUAGUAAAUCAAUUAUGUAUCAAAAGUUUGGAAAAACUUUAAAUGACACAAAUCCAAUUUCACAAGAAAUUCUAGACUCUGUGAAGAAUGAAGAAUUGACAGAUGAACUACUAGGUUGCUUAGCUGCAGAACUAUUAGCACUUGAUGAGAAAGAUAACAAUUCUUUCCAAACAGUGGCAAGUGAAACAGAUCCUGAAAACCUGAAUCUUGUCCUCAGUAGAAGAGGAAACAUGAGGCAAGGAAUGGGCAUAGAAACAACAAAUGUCAAAAUACAGAGUUAUAGUAAUGGGUUCAGGAUAUAUGACAAGGAAGAAAAGUUUCUCAGCUCAAAUGAAAAGAAGACAUUUCCUGAAAAUAGUGAAAAUAGUUUAAAGUAUGAAGAACCUAUCAUGUGGACCAAGGGUGAGAUCCUUGGGAAGGGAGCCUACGGCACAGUAUAUUGCGGUCUUACUAGCCAAGGACAGCUCAUAGCUGUCAAACAAGUGGCUUUGGAUACCUCUGAAAAAUUAGCCACUAAAAAUGAAUACCGGAAACUGCAGGAAGAAGUAGAUUUGCUCAAAGCAUUGAAGCAUGUCAACAUUGUGGCCUAUUUGGGGACAUGCUUAGAAGAGAACAUUGUAAGCAUUUUCAUGGAGUUUGUUCCUGGAGGCUCAAUAUCUAGUAUUAUAAACCGUUUUGGGCCAUUGCCUGAGAUGGUAUUCUGUAAAUAUACAAAGCAAAUUCUGCAAGGUGUUGCUUAUCUCCAUGAGAACUGUGUGGUACAUCGAGAUAUCAAAGGGAACAAUGUCAUGCUCAUGCCAACUGGAAUAAUAAAGCUGAUCGACUUUGGUUGUGCCAAGCGUUUGGCCUGGGCUGGCUUAAAUGGCACCCACAGUGACAUGCUUAAGUCCAUGCAUGGGACUCCAUAUUGGAUGGCACCAGAAGUCAUCAAUGAAUCUGGAUAUGGAAGGAAGUCAGACAUCUGGAGCAUUGGCUGCACUGUGUUUGAGAUGGCCACAGGGAAGCCUCCCCUGGCUUCCAUGGACAGGAUGGCGGCCAUGUUUUAUAUUGGAGCACACCGAGGGCUGAUGCCUUCUUUACCAGAACACUUCUCAGAAGAUGCAGCAGACUUUGUGCGUGUGUGUCUAACCAGGGAUCAGCAUGAACGACCUUCUGCUGUUCAGCUCCUAAAACACCCCUUCUUGAAGAGAAGUCACUGAACAUACAUCAAGACUUUCUAUUCAGUUCCAUUAUAGAUACUCCAUUAUUGCUUCAUUGUGGGAAUGAUGGUUAAGGGAUCUUUAUUUUCCUACAGGAAAGUGAAUCUAACCCAAUUCAACCAGAUCCUGCAGUGCCACGAACUGAAAAACUUUAGUUAUUAGCCUUCUCAAACAUCAGA